AUGAAAAAGGAAGAGGAUAUUAUCAAAGUUUAAUCUUAUGAGAUUUAUAAGAAUUAAGAAAUUGGUAGAGGAUAAUUUGGAGUAGUAUAUUAAUGCAAAGAUUUAAAGAAUCCAUAAUUAAAAUUGUGUGCAAAAGUUUAAGUUUUUAAUAAUAUAGGUUGUUGAAGAAAAAUUAGAUGAUCCAAAAACAAUAAGAGAAAUUGAAUUAAUGAAAAUGAUAAUGAUAUGUGCAAAGGGAAACAAAAAUAUUGUAGGAGUGGAAUAUGUAGAUUUAAAUGUAGAAAGGAUUAUAUUAAUUUUGGAAAAAUGUGAAUCAGAUUUAUAAUCAAUAAUUGAUAAGAAAAGAAAGGAAGAGUAGAAGUAUUUUAAACCAAGUGAAGCAUUAAAUAUACUAAAACAAUUAGUUAAUGGUUAUAAAAUUUUAUAUUAAAACAAUAUUAUACAUAGAGAUCUUAAACCAGCAAAUAUACUUGUUUUGAAUGGAAUUUAUAAAGUAUAUUAUAAUUAAAAUGUUAUUAGAUAGCAGAUUUGGGUUUAGCAAGAGUAUUUGAAGGAAAUACUGAGUUAACAAAAGUAGGAACACCAAAAUAUGUUGCUCCUUAAUUGUAUCUUGAUAAUCGAUUCUCAAAUUCAGCUGACAUUUUUUCAGUAACAUUUAUAUUUAAUAUUUAUUAAGUUAGGAAUAAUCAUUUAUGAAUUAAUUUUUGGUGGAUUACCUUAUGUUGCAAAUACAUAAUUGUAAAUAAAAAAGGCUUUAAGAAAUUUAGAAAAGGUUCCAGUCACAGUAAAUAGAGAAUGGCCAGAGGUAAGAAUGUAGACAUUUUUUAGAUGACUUAUGAAUUUGCUGAUUUAAUUGAAUAAAUGCUCAAAUUUCAUGAAAAAGACAGAGUCAGUUGGGAAGAAUUAUUUAAACAUCCAUUAAUUUAAGAGGAAUCUAAUUUAGUAGUGAAUCAAUCAGGGUAAAUAAUUAAAUAAUAAUUAAGAUUAAUUUCUAAUAAUCUAGAUUCAGAUGAAGAAGAAUAAGAAGAAGAACCUGUUUAAGUUUAAAAGCCAGUUGAAAAAUAAAACAAUGUUUAAUAAAUUUCUCCUAGUAUUCCAAAUCAAGCUCAAUAAACAUUUCCUGUACCUAUUUCAAUGACUCAAAAGUAAUAAUGCUUUAUCAAUCCUUAAACACAACCUUAAUUCACAACUGGGAAAGUGUUUACUGCUCCUUUUAAUCCUAAUAGUUCAAUUCCAACUGGAAAUCCUCCUAAUCCUAAUAUUCCAAAUCCUAAUUCUAUGAUUUAAUCAGCAUAACCAAGACCAUUUAUCAAUCCUCCAACUUAAAGAUUAUAAACCAUUCCAACUAUGCAUAUUUUAGGAUAACCUAUUUAAUUUUAAUAGGUUAAAGCAGUAUCAGAUUAAUUAUUUUAAGCAGGAUUUGUUCUUGAUUAAACAUUAGAAAGUUUAGAAAAAUUUUUGUAAUUAUAAUUUUUAAUGAUUUUAGAAAUAUGUAACUAACAUUAAAACAAGAAUUUUUUGGAAUUAAAUUGUAGCUUCAUUGUUUGUCAUAAUGUUUUUAUUAACACUCAAGUUAAAUGAUAUCUUAAAAUUAAAAAAAUCCAAAUUUUUAAAGUUUUUAUUCACUUUAAAUUGUUGAUUCAGAAAUUUAGAAAAAAAUCAAAUAUCAUUAAGUAAUAACUUAGGAAAUAGAAAAAUAUAAUUUAACUUCAUUUUAUCCUGUAUCUGCUAUAAAUCCAGAUUUUGUUAGCUAUAUCUAGAAAUUGAAUAGAAUUACAUAAGUCAGAGGAGUAUUCGAUUAUUAAAAUGAUCGAAAAUAUUUUCAAGAUUAUUUAUCGUAAUAAUAUAAUUAUUAAAUAUAUAGAAUGUUAUAUUUUUUGGAAAGACUAAAAGAAGUAUAAUAACCUUCUUUUACAGAUUUAUAUAAUUUAAUUUCUGAUAUUUAGAAAAAUAAAAAAAUCGAGCAACUCGUGACAGAUUAUCUUAAUAAGAGACUUUGCAAUUGA